GUGAGGGCUGCAGCCAGCCGGGGAAAGCGCCUCUCCCUCCGCGAGCAAGGGACGAAGGAGGAGGGAGCGAAGCGGGGAGGGUAACGGGCCCGGGAGCCCGGCGGGAUGUCCGGGCCGCGCCGCCCCUCGGGCUCGCCUCAGGCCGCGGCCCCGCUGUGAGGGGCGCCCGGGCCCGCGGGCCGAGCUGAGGCCCCGCGCUGAGUCAGCAGCCGGGCAGGGCCCGGCCGGGCCUGUGAGGGGCACGGCGGCUCCCGGAGCCCCGCUCGCUCCCCUGAGGCGCCGCGUCGCGCCCGGGGCUAUUGGCCCGUCCCGGAAAAGCUCUGCUUGGUCCAAAGGUGGGGGUAAAGAGGAAGUUUCAGUUAAAAUGAUGGAAAAUAAAUCCCUCCCACCGCUCGCGUGUCGUUCUGCCGCUUGGGUAGCACACCCAGGUUGCACAGGUGUGUCAGGAGCAGCAGGUGAAAUCCUCGUCGGGUAACUGAACAGCCUUAAAGCUGAAAACGACAGCCGAGAAGCUGGAACGCAGGAUUUUGCUCCUAUGAAAUGCACUUAAGGCGGGAGCUACUUCCAUGUGGGCUUCCUGCUGCGGGUUGCUGAAUGAAGUCAUGGGCACGGGAGCAGUGCGUGGCCAGCAGGCUGGCUUUGGGGGAGGUGCUGGCCCCUUCAGGUUUACACCAAGCACCGGCUUCUCAGCAUACCCAGCUCCUGCUGCAGCCCGCACCAACAUCGUCUGCAAAGCCUGUGGAGUUGCCUUCUCAUCUUCCAGGAAAAAACACGUGUGUUGUGACUGCAAAAAGGAUUUCUGCUCGGUUUGUUCAGUCCUACAAGAGAAUCUCAGAAGAUGUUCCACUUGUCACUUGCUGCAAGAAACGGCCUUCCAGCGCCCUCAGCUAAUGAGAUUGAAAGUGAAGGAUCUGCGCCAGUACCUGAUCCUCAGGAACAUCCCCACGGACACCUGCAGGGAGAAGGAAGACCUGGUGGACCUGGUGCUGUGCCACCAUGGCUUGGGGACAGAGGAGGACAUGGACGCUGGCAGCUUGCGCUCGUCGCGGUCACAGACCUCGGGCUUUUUCACCCAUCCCUUUUCCACCUCUGUAUCCAUGUCAAACCCAGGAGAGCUUGCCAGCAGGAGGGGGAGCACAGGAAGUGGAACACCUUCACGGGGACAAACUGAAACGUCUGUGAAUAAUGAAGAAGAAGAAAGUGCAGAAGAGCAGACCCCGGGGCUGGGCAGGAAGAGAGCGAGGGCCUCCCUGUCCGACAUCUCCAGCCUGGAGGACAUCGAAGGGAUGAGCGUUCGGCAGCUGAAGGAAAUCCUCGCCUGCAACUUUGUCAACUACUCAGGAUGCUGUGAAAAAUGGGAACUUGUGGAAAAAGUGAGCAGGCUGUACAGAGAGAGCGAGGAGAACCACAAGACACAGGGGGAGAGGAUGCAGCUGAACGAGGACGACGACAGCCUGUGCCGCAUCUGCAUGGACGCCGUGAUCGACUGCGUGCUGCUGGAGUGCGGCCACAUGGUCACCUGCACCAAGUGCGGCAAGAGGAUGAGCGAGUGCCCCAUCUGCCGACAGUACGUUGUGCGGGCCGUGCACGUCUUCAAAUCCUAACCCAGCCCUGCCCCCAUGCCCCGGGCAGGAUUCCUGUGGGCAGGAUUCCUGUGGGCAGGAGUGCUGGGCCCUGGGGCACGCGGCAGCGUUGUCGUUUUGGUUAAACUCGGCCUUUUCAACGUCAAGAUGUAGAAGUCGGUGAAAGGUUUUUCAAGCAGCUCCUGCAGCGCAGGGCUGGGCAGGCCCAGGCGCUGCCCCACUGACCUUACAGCCCCACAGAUGGUUGGAGUCAAACUGUUUACAGCAGUUCUUGCUCUCUUCUGAAGAAUCUCACCUGCCCUUACGCAUUCAGCACUCGGCAAGUGGUCAGCAAACACCUCUGCUUGAGCCUGUUAGCCCGUGGUGUUGUCUAGUGCAUUAGAAGCAAUGAAUAUAUCGGUUGAUUAUUCAGCUUUUCCCUAACGAUAGAAUGUAUCUGUUCCGACAGCCUGGCCGCCGAGCCGGGGUCGGACACAGCUUAGGAAGCACUGCCAUGAACUGUUCCCGCACAGAAGCCCUUAAGCAAUCUUGCUUUACGCUGAUUGCUCCCUCUGAAUGUCUGUCAUGAGACGUGUGCUGUCUUGGCUGUUCUCUGUCAGUGUGCAAAACACUCCAUCACUCUGCAGGGCUCAGGGGCCACACGGGCUCUGCCUGGUGGCUCCAGAAACCAGUUCCGAAGUGGUUUUUAGUUUAGGAAUAAACUAUUUUUUUAAGAAGGGGUACUAUAGUAAACCAUGUUAGCGUGGUCCUCAAUCCACUCAUGCCUGUUGUAACUAUUACUCUGUGAUGAUUGUACUCCAUGUGCCGACAGCCUGAUGCCUGAUGUUACUGUGAAUCCCGACCAGGGGCGCCAGCUCCUCGCUGCUAACGUGGAAUGUACGGCGUUACUAACCUUAACUGGGGAGGGGAGGCAGGAGCAGGGACAGGUUUUGUUUGAAAUCUCCUGUUCACGGACUUUCAGCCGAAGCCAGGUCACCCAAAGCAGCUUCCCAGGGGCUGCUGAGGCCCCGUGCUGCUGCCAGCCCCCGGCCCAGGGGCAGGCUGAGCUUUGUGCCGUGAGCUGGGGUCCAGGUCCUCUUGGGGCAGGAAUUGUAAGGGGCCCUGGAGGAUGUCUGUGAGCAGUGACCUGGGGAAGGGAGCAGCGAGAGGAGCUCGUGCUGGGGCGAGAACAGGACCCAUGUGACCCAAGCAUGGCCACGACUGGGAUCGGUGAAGCUCACGGUGGCAAAGAGGUGAGGAAGGACCAUGUGUGUCCAGUUAUUCUUUAAGCAAAGUUGGUUAAAAAAUGUACAGUUUCUCCUUUGAUUUCCCAUGUGGCAGCAAAGUUCCAGAGCCAAGGCUGUGCUUGGCUGAGGGUGCAGGACCUGAGAACUGGACUGUGCUGCACUGGCACCUGCUCUCAUUUUUGUGACUGGCUUGGAAGAGAGAAAGCAGCUCCUCCUCACUCAAAACACAGCUCCAAGCUCUACUGGGUAUUUUUCAGAAGGGAGCAAACCUCUCAAUGGCUUUAUUUUUUAGAAGUAACUUUUUAAAGGUACUUAAUUCCUGGAGUCUGUCCAGAGGGGAGGCUAAUGAAGACAGACAUGCCCUCGGUGUUAUUUCCAUGCUGCUCGUUAGCCACUCGAACUCAAUAAAGAUGGGUGAUGGGCUCUCUCA